GUCGGUGCAGCCGCUGCAAGAUGGCGCGUGCGCUGAAGGCCGUGGCGGGCGCGGCAGGCCUCUUUUCCAGGCUGCUGACCCCGAUGCCCCCUGGGAGAACCUGGUCCUCACCUCAGUUCUCCCACCAAGUAGCUCCGUCUGUGUGGAAACUCGGCCGCCUUAAUCACGUUGCCGUCGCAGUGCCCGACCUGGACAAGGCCAAGGCAUUCUACCAGAAGGUUCUGGGCGCAGAGGUCAGCGAGGCCGUCCCCCUCCCUGAACAUGGUGUGUCCGUGGUCUUCGUCACGCUGAACAACACAAAGGUGGAGCUGCUGCACCCUUUGGGGAAAAACAGCCCCAUCGAAGGGUUUCUAAAGAAAAACCAGCUCGGGGGAAUCCACCAUGUCUGCAUCGAGGUGGAUGACAUCGGUGCUGCCCUGCGGGACCUGAAAGAGAAGAAGAUCCGGAUUCUGAGUAAAGAGGCCAAAAUCGGGGCCCAUGGGAAACCUGUGAUCUUCCUGCACCCCAAAGACUGUGGCGGGGUCCUGGUGGAGCUGGAGCAGGCGUGAUCCCCGCCCAGAUUGUCCUCAGGCCUUGGAGGCCUCAAGUCGUCGUGUUUCCAUCACUGACAAGAUCAGGAUCACAAAUUUGGGGCCAGUGAGACUGGCCAGAGGCUCAUCCCGCCAGCCUGAUGUUACUUGAGGGGUCCCCUACAAACAGAAGCAGGUGCUCUGUGUGACCCCGAACCAUGCCUCAUUUUCCUCCAACUAUGUAGACACUAGUUUCUUUAUGGUUUUUGGGUCGUGCCUCGGUGCUUGGGAGCUGGGGGGUACAGGCAUUGAACCCAAGGUCUCCUAGAUGCAUCUCAGGUGCUCCCAGCUCUUGGAGUAUCUCUCAAGCCCGAGAAACGAGUUUGGGGUGGUGGUGUUUAGUUGUUUGAUGUCAGUGUCAGAUCAAGAACAGUCUGAAGAAGGUGGGUGACUAGGGCGAAGACUUUGGGUGACUGUGAAGGAGUGGAAGACACUGGUUCUCUCGUUCUCCGUGGAGUCUGAGAAAACAGACCGAAGAAUAAGGACAGGAACU